AUGCGGAAGACGGCGAGUGCGAGCAUGAGCAGAGGUUCCUCGGACUGGUUCUUACACCGACGCAAGAGCAACUCUCAAUUCAACACGUCUCAGGAAGAAUUGGACGCGACGACGGAUGAGGAGGAGUUGCAGAAAGAGAGAGGUUCGGAAACGACAUCGCCGGUUUUACCGGCGGAUAUUCAGACCAUAGCGAGGUCUUUGCAUCAACAUCUGCCCAAUAAUGGUGCGAGUAGUAGCAGUGCUACUACCAUUUAUAAUAAUAAUAAUCAUACAACGAGCAGUAAUAACGAGAAGAAAAACGGUGAAGAAAAGAAAUCGAACGCGAAGAGAAACUACUUUUGGAGGGAAUACGUUUUAGCCGAGUUGGGCUUGGCGCCAUCAAACAGAGAAAACGACGAAAAAAGCAACGCAGAAUUAGCAAACGCUCGGCAGAGAGUGUUUGAUUUGCUCUGGCACUUGCCGAGAGAGUUGGAGCGCUUGUGUUUUUAUGGUUGUUUGUUGUGCGGCGAUGCGAUUUUAGGCAUCUUGACUUCGCUUCCCGUGCGAGUGUUCGUGUUAACAUCCCGGGGUUUAUUCGCGCUUAUUUCGAGUUACUUUUUCAAUCCUGCGAAGUACGCCGCGGCUGUUGGAUUGAGGAAGAAAAUGGACGCUUCUUCGCCAGAUGUUGACGGCGAUGGCGAUCCGCCAUCGCCAAUGACGCGCCGACAGUCGUGGGCGAAACAUCCUCUCGCGCGAGAGCAACUGUGCGAUUUACUCUGGCUUUCCAUGCUCGCCGCGGCUGUAUUUUUAAGCUAUUCAUUGGAUGUUUCCGUUUUGUAUCAUUAUGUUAGAGGCCAAGAAGUUAUCAAACUUUAUAUGGCAGCAUCCGUGUUAGAGUGCUUUGAUAAAUUAUGUUGCUCAUUCAAUGGCAACGUGUUAGACGCGUUGACGCACUCGGUGGAUAAAAUUGUCGACACCGCGCAGCACAAGUUUUCGAGAAGAAGGGACGUUUUCGUCUGCGGUUUACAACUUUUUGUGGACGUGAUCUUGUCGACGUUUGCCACGGCUUCGCAUACGUUUGUGUUAUUGCUCCACGCGGUAACUUUAUCCGUGGCAAUGAAUUCACACACCAACGCGAUGUUGUUGGUUUUAAUUUCUAAUAACUUUUCGGAAAUGAAAGGCCACGUUUUCAAAAAGCAAGACGAGGCGAAGUUGUUCGGAGUGACGAGAUUGGAUAUCAUUGAACGCGUACAUUUGACCGUGUGCUUGCUCUUUGUCGCCGCGCAAAGAAUAAUCGCUGCCGGGUCCAUUUCCGGUGGUUUGACUAAAAAGUUUGCCACCGACUGCCUCUUGGUCUUGGGAAGCGAAGUCUUCGUGGAUAUCGUCAAGCAUUCGUUCAUGGCAAAAUUCAACAGCUUACGACCGGCGACAUAUAGACGGUAUUUUAGACAGUUCUGUCGAGAACAUGUAAAGUUGGCGCAGUCGUACAAAAUACACCGAGUAGUUGGUUUUGUCCCUCUCGCUCCGGCGGCUCUGUUGUUGCGAGUCGUUCCGCCGUUGUAUGAAACCUUACGCGUUGGAGAUUCAUAUCAAUCGCGCGACUCCAAAGAAGAGACAACAUACACGACAACAGAGUCUUUAGCAGUCAGUGUGUUAGGAUUUCUUAUAUUAGUCGUCGUAAAACUGUUAUUCGGCGUGUUAUUGCAUCACUGGGGCGUGAGAAUGUUGGCGACUGAGAUUGCAGAGAAGCAACGCAAACUCCAGCAGGAAGGAAAGAAUAAAGAUGCGGGUGAGGGUGAAGAUGAAGCGCCAAUACUAGACCAUGGAAAAGUUGUGAGCGUUAGAAAAAUGAUGGCCGAUAACGACACUUUAUUAACGCCAAAUUUCAAGGUUGCAAUGUGA